AUGAGAGCCUGGGAGGAAGGCUGGCUGUUCAGGGAUCGCUUCAAGCAUGUCUUCUACUUCAACUGCAGAGAGCUGGCCCAGUCUGAGACAGUGAGUCUCUCUGAGCUCAUCACAAAAGACUGGGCGGCUCCUGAUGCACCCAUUGGGCAGAUCCUGUCUCAGCCAGAGCAGCUGCUCUUCAUUCUUGAUAACUUAGAUGAACCCAAAUGGGACUUGAAGGAGCAGAGUUCUGAGUUCUGUCCACAAUGGAGCCAGCAGCAGCAGGUGCACACACUGCUGAGCAGUUUGCUGAAGAAAACCUUACUUCCCACAGCUUCCCUGCUGAUCACAGCUCGGAUCACAGCUCUGGGACAACUCAUUCCUUCUUUAAAGCAUCCUCACUGGGUGGAGGUCCUGGGAUUCUCCGAAUCGGCCAGGAAGGAGUAUUUCUACAAAUAUUUCACAGAUGAGAGCCAAGCAAUUAGAGCCUUUACCUCAGUUGAAUCCAACCCGGCUCUCUUCACCAUGUGUCUCAUGCCUUUGGUGUCCUGGCUGGUCUGCACUUGCCUGAAAAAGCAGAUGGAGCAGGAGCAACCACUCUCACUGACCUCCCAGACGACCACAGCCCUCUGUCUCCACUACUUUUUCCACGUUCUCCAGGUUCAGUCCCUUGGGACUAAGCUGAGAGACUUCUGCUCUCUGGCUGCUGAAGGCACCUGUCAAAGAAAGACUCUUUUCAGCCCCGAGAACUUCAGGAAACAUGGGUUAGAUGCUUCCAUCAUCUCCAGUCUCUUAAACAUGGGUGUUCUUCGAGAGCACCCCACCCCUCGGAGCUACAGCUUCAUUCACCUGUGCCUCCAGGAGUUCUUUGCAGCAAUGUCCUAUGCUUUAGGCGAUAGAGUGUUGAAAAGCAGUCGCUUUAAAAACAUCAAAAUUAAAACAGACUUGACAGAUGUAUAUGACAGGCGUGACCUGUUUGGGAAACCAAUCAUAUGUUUCCUAUUUGGUCUUUUGAGUGAUCACGGGAUGAGAGAGUUGGAGAGUAUCUUCAAAUGCAGCCUGUCUCGGAAGAGGCUUCGCUCUCUGCUGCUCUUGGCCCAGAGGGAAGGUCCUCUGCAGCAGUAUCUGACCAUGUGA